UUUUACCUCAUACCAGCAACAAUGUUUGGACACGUCGGUAUACGUCGAUCCCUUCUACACUCCACGACGCUCAAAUUUUUGGACCAUCAAUUGGAGAACCGCAGUACGCUUGUUGGAAGAUAUAGGAGAAGUAGUCACGUCAAAACAUGAAUUUAUUUCGGUUGCUCGGGGAUUUGGCCCACUUGGCCUCUAUAUUCAUCCUUAUCCAUAAAGUUCACAAGACCAGGUCAUGCAGGGGUAUUUCCUUCAAGACGCAGGCUCUCUACGCCCUCGUAUUUUUGACGCGUUACAUUGACCUGCUAUUCCGCUGGAUAUCUCUGUACAACUUCGUGAUGAAGCUAUUCUUCAUAGGCAGCAGUUGCUACAUCCUCUACCUCAUGAAGUACCGUUUCCGACCAACGCACGACCCUUCCAUUGACACGUUCAAGAUUGAAUAUCUCCUUGGGCCAUGCAUCUUUCUGUCAUUGAUAUUCAACUACAAGUUCGAGCCAACCGAGAUUCUUUGGACGUUCUCCAUAUAUCUCGAAUCUGUCGCCAUUUUCCCCCAGUUGUUCAUGUUGCAACGUACCGGCGAGGCGGAGACAAUCACGACACACUACCUUGCCGCUCUGGGUAUUUAUCGUGCUCUGUACCUUCCCAACUGGAUAUAUAGAUACUUUACGGAGGACGUGGUGGAUCCUAUAGCUGUGACAGCUGGACUGGUGCAAACCGGGCUUUACCUCGACUUCUUCUACGUCUACUUUACAAAAGUCCUCCACGGACAGAAGUUCGAGCUUCCGGCAUGAGUUUACGUAUCUUGGUCUGUCGGAGUCCGCCGACGUCAUCGAGCAGAGCUUUACAUAUCACGAACCGCUCUUGGACAUUCAUGUAUACUUGGGAGACCAUAGAAUCUUGCGUUACAUGGAACCGAAAUAUCUCAUUGAGCCAAGCAACAAGUCGGGCCUGUUAAUUUUAUGGGUCGAG